GGCUGUGACGCAGAAUCCCCGCGCAGGAUAAGUGAAGGUGACGGGGGUCGGUGGUGAGGCCGGCUAUUGAAAGGGAGAAGCGGGAUGUGGGUGUCUCGGCCCCUUCUGCUCCGCGGGGCCUGCGCUCCGGCUCGCUGCCUUUCCGCCGCUGCUCCGGAGUCGGCACCCCCCAAGAAAACGCAGUUUGGGCCCCUCAAGGAUGAGGAUCGUAUUUUCACAAACCUUUAUGGGCGCCAUGACUGGAGGCUGAAAGGGGCUUUAAGCCGCGGUGACUGGUAUAAGACCAAGGAAAUCCUUGUAAAGGGUGUUGACUGGAUAUUGAAUGAAAUAAAAACUUCAGGUCUGCGAGGCCGUGGGGGGGCCGGUUUCCCCACUGGCCUCAAAUGGAGCUUCAUGAACAAGCCGCCAGAUGGCAGACCCAAGUACCUAGUGGUGAAUGCCGAUGAAGGGGAGCCAGGGACCUGCAAGGACAGGGAGAUCAUGCGUCAUGACCCCCAUAAGCUGGUGGAAGGUUGUCUUGUAGCAGGAAGAGCUAUGGGGGCCCGUGCAGCCUACAUAUAUAUCCGUGGAGAGUUCUAUAAUGAAGCUUCAAACUUACAGGUGGCAAUCCGAGAGGCGUAUGAGGCAGGACUGAUUGGGAAGAAUGCUUGUGGCUCAGGCUAUGACUUUGAUGUUUUUGUGGCAAGAGGGGCAGGUGCUUACAUCUGUGGCGAGGAGACAGCACUUAUUGAAUCUCUUGAGGGAAAGCAGGGAAAGCCACGCCUCAAGCCUCCCUUCCCAGCUGAUGUAGGGGUUUUCGGUUGCCCAACUACGGUGGCUAAUGUAGAAACGGUUGCUGUGGCACCUACCAUUUGCCGUCGGGGAGGUACCUGGUUUGCUAGUUUUGGACGAGAACGCAACUCAGGCACCAAGCUCUUCAAUAUCUCAGGCCAUGUCAAUACACCCUGUACUGUGGAAGAGGAGAUGUCAAUACCACUGCGUGAUCUGAUUGAACGGCAUGCAGGGGGUGUUAGAGGUGGCUGGGAUAACCUGCUUGCUGUGAUUCCUGGAGGAUCCUCCACUCCUCUCAUCCCCAAGUCUGUGUGUGAGACAGUAUUGAUGGACUUUGAUGGGUUGAUCCAGGCACAGACUGGGCUCGGAACAGCAGCUCUUAUUGUCAUGGACAAAUCAACAGAUAUAGUUCGAGCUAUUGCCCGCCUCAUUGAAUUCUACAAGCAUGAGAGCUGUGGGCAGUGUACACCAUGCCGAGAAGGUGUCGACUGGAUGAAUAAGGUGAUGUGGCGGUUUGUGAGAGGCAAUGCCCAAGUGUCAGAGAUCGAUGCGCUGUGGGAAAUUAGCAAGCAGAUUGAAGGACAUACCAUCUGUGCUCUGGGGGAUGGAGCUGCUUGGCCUGUACAGGGACUGAUUCGUCACUUUCGUCCUGAGUUGGAGGAACGGAUGAGGCAAUACCAUGAAUCUAAGGCACAGCAGGCAUCUGGAUGAGCAGCUAGAAGACCAACUGCAUUCAAAUUACUCCUGUGUUGAUUGGGUGGGAUCCCUUGGGGGACGAUUCCCAUGCUUGGGCACUGGGUACAGCACACUUACUUGGCAUUGAUACAUCAAACUAUUUUCUUCCUUCCUUUCAUACAGGGUAAACUAUUAAAUGCUUAUGACUGA